AUGUCGCCAUUGCCGGCUCUACGAUACUCGCACUCACCAAUCCCUCCACCAGCAGUCCCUCCCGGCCCAGCUAGAGUUUCAGCCUUUAAAAGCAAGGAAACCUCGGGGCUCCGUCCGUCAGGACACACCACCGUGAACAAAUCUAACCUCACGGUCAUAGUCAUCAGUGAUGACGACGAUGACGAAGUGCCUCGGGGGCUUGCCGCGAGCAGUCCCGCGCCCCUGGCGUGUGCUCCGGUACCUCCACCGGCGCUUGUCCUGGCGACUGCGGCGCCAUCUUCUGAAAAGCAGCCUUACAGCACUAUCAAACCCGCUCCUGCCGUGAUUAGGAAUCUUGGGCCUAGAACUCCGCGAGCUUCGGUUAAGAAUUGGGCAACGCUUGCCACGUUACCGCAGAAUUUCCGCAGCCGGGCUCACGCUUCACUGUGGCGAGGUAGCAGCGGCCCAAGGGACGAUUGUCGCGGCAAAGGCCAGACAGCCUUCCAGUGGUUUUCGAGUGCUCGUAGGCCAUAUCUUCAGGCGGAGAUUAGGGAAACCUUGUUAGCCGGCACUCAAAGCUUGCUACGUCUGAACCAGGAGGAGGUCAAUGAGCUUGGGGAGCUCGAGAAGUUGUCCCGACCUGUGGUAAUCCACGUCGAUUUCAGCCCCGAUGAGGUCGAAAACCUACGAACCGUAGCUCGUCAAAUCCUCAAGCUCCCUGCUAACAAGAAAGAGGUCAAGAAGGACUUGGCAAAGGUGUUAGGUAAAAAUUUCACCCAUGCCCAAAAGAUUGCGAGUGCAGUUGCCAGGUCGAACAAACUGCCUCAUCGGGAUAAGAGGGAUAUUGCAAGGUUUAUACGGGAUGCCAUCAACUCUAAGACCGCCAAGGAGCCGGCGAUCCUAUCUUUGCAAAGAGACGAUUACGAUCAAGCCGGGUCCUUUGUGCGCUCUACCCGUACACAUUCUCUGCUCUUUGCGAGGGAGAUCUCAGGCCAACGGGGCCGCCUUCUCGAUUUGAAGAAUGAAUUUAUGAAGUGUCUUGAGGAUUCCCUAGAGCUCCGGCUCGAAUGGACAGAUUGUGCUGGAGACAUCGCGACAAUAACGUGGGUUUCAAACGAUAAUUUCGUUUGCGGCACAACGGAGCACUCGGACGCACACAAUCAGCAAUACAACAAGCCGGGCAACCUCGCCCUUGGCGCUUGUAGCAAAGGCACUUUACGAGCCUUCCCCCACCACCGUGUCGUUCGUCCUGUCGUCCCCGAGGGCGAGAACUCGACCGCUGCGAUGAGGGAAAGCCAGGAUCCCUGGCUCUACUCGUCAGUUGUAUCUUCGGACUACGACGCUAUUCAUGAUCGAGCCUUCACCUCAGGCUUUGACCGUACGGUUAAGAUCUGGAGCGUGGACAAAUCAGGGUCCUCUAUGGGCUUGACUGGCGAAUGGGCGCACAACGGCAACGUGAAUUUCGUCGCCGCUUCCAAGCACGAGUCUGGCCUAGUGGCAACAGCUGCCGAUGUGGCGGCCGACGCGGUCCGUAUCUACUGGAUCAAUGACGACGAUAUAUCCACGAGCGCUUUCCGGUCGUACUCAUGCUCGAGAGUUACAGACGCGGAAGGCACUGCCGUGUCAACUGAGAAGUGGGCAUAUUUUCCGGCCACCAUGCAGUGGGGCCUGUCCCCAGAUACCAGGCACCUCCUGCUCGUCGGGUACUCGCCCCGAAGCCGGACGAUGGACGAUAGUGAUAUCCCGGAGGAUCGCCUGAAUACUGGCGAACUCUGUUUAUGGAAUGGCUUGACGGGCGAGCGGUGGCGAGUGAUGUCGGCCACUACGUCGAACAUUUUCGAGGUUUUGUGGCACCCUACCCAGGAUUGCUUCAUUGCGGCUACCUCGCCGCUAGGCUUGGAAGUUGACCCGCGCAUUCGCACUCAGAUCCGUGUCUUUUGCAAAUCAGAGGUUGCCGAGCUUCAGGGGAAGGCAUUCAGCUCUGUCAAGACGCUUGACUGCACAGCCAUCGAUAUCAAUGAGCUGACAAUCAUGCCGAAUGGUCCGCAGUCUUGCUACGUUACUGCUGGUUGCACCGAUGGGAACACGUACGUAUGGGAUACAGCCUUGGGUGAUAAGCCCACCCACACCCUACGCCAUGGCCACCCUAUCGACAGCUAUACAGGAGAGAGGGAGCAAGAAGACGUUGGUGUCAAGUUCACUGCCUGGGGCACUACCCCGGAUCGAUUCUAUACGGGCUCGUCAGAUGGCGUUGUCAAAGUGUGGAAUAUACGGUCUCUCAAGAAACCACUAGUCCGUGACCUUCUCGAGGCCUCAGGCCCCAUUUCUUGCGGCAUGUUCUCACCUGACCGGAAGAGGCUGGUGGUCGGCGACGCUACUGGCCGUGUGUUUAUGCUAUCGCUUGACGAUGAGGAGCAGACCCCGGCGCCCUUUAUGAAAGUCCAGUCGCCCAACAACAGAGCAAGGACAGUCAGACGGCUUACGCCGGUAAUUUUGCACCCAGACCCUGCGCCGCCCGCUUUUGACGCCGCCGGUAACCCUAUACAUCUAGAAACCGGCUGGUCGAGGGCGAAAGUCUACCUUGAGAGCCAGCAGCUAGAGCGCCACUCAGAUCCCACGAUUGGCGUUGUGCAAGGCCCCCGCUAUGCCGAGACCGGUAUGUUCAGGGCCGAGGCACAUCUCGAGGGAGACCCCACUCAGCCGCUGCUGGCUGGCUGGGGAGUCCGUCAACAGGAGGAUCUCAGGGCGCCCUGUGAGAGUCGACACAAAGGUGUUCUUUUGGCGCUACGGCCCGUGCCAGAGAAGCCAGAUCUCGCCCGCUUACACCUCGACAAUACUAUGCUGGAUCUCGACGUCGACGGCUUGGACGAGCCGACGCGGCGCGAUCUCGAAAGCGCGGGGGUCGAUCUUGACGAGCUAAUGAACCCGGACUAUGUCUUUGACUAUGAUGAUGAUGCUCCGCUUAGCGAGGACGAGUUCUAG